AUGGUCAUCCUCUUGAACGCCGUCACACCUGUGUACUACCGUGGAGGUAUGCAGAAAGCGGUGCCCAGUCAGACAGAGAUAAAUGAAAUAAAGCUUUCUCUUACCCUCAUGAUAUUCGUAAACUACGGAGGAGGCGGUUACUGGUUCUUCGAGCACGCCGCAUGGAACGGACUGACAGUUGCUGACUUGGUUAUGGCAUGGUUUGUUUUCAUCAUUGGCACAUCCGUUGGACUGGCUUUCCACGCAAUGAUGAAAAGAGGAGUGAGCUGUGGGCAGCUCAUCCGCAAAUUAACCUGGAGGACCGUGGUCUUAUUUCUGAUCGGAGUCUGCUUCCUGAACUAUGGACCAGCGGAUGGUCCAUUAUCGUGGAGCUGGGCAAGAAUUCCAGGUGUUCUGCAGCGUCUUGGAUGUACUUACUUUGUUCUGGCUUCGAUGCAGGCCUGCUUCGGCAUAAAAGAUCUCGACGGCGAUCGGUUCGGUCACUGGUGGGCUUCAAUCAGGGAUGUUCUUCUCUUCUGGCCGGAGUGGAUAAUCGUGGCCGCCCUGGAGACGCUGUGGCUUGUUCUGACAUUCCACCUGCCUGUACCUGGGUGCCCCAGUCCUUACUGGCAACAGCCCUCCAAGUCAACCUGGCUAGUUGGGAUCUUGGGGAAGCACUGGCUGUCUCGUAUUGGGGUCGAUGUUACAGAUGGCCAAAUUCCCUGCGGGUGUGAGCUGUACAAGACCACCCAGCCUUUUGAUCCUGAGGGCAUUCUGGGAACAAUCAACUCCAUCGUGAUGGCUUUCUUUGGGCUCCAGGCGGGGAAGAUUAUCCUAAUGUACCGCCAGCAACCACAGAGCAUUUUAAAGAGAUUUCUCAUCUGGGCGAUUUUGCUGGGGAUUCUCUCGGCCGUCCUAUCCAAAUGCACCCAAAACGAGGGAUUCAUUCCCAUCAAUAAAAAUCUCUGGUCUCUCUCCUAUGUCACAACAUUGAGCAGCUUCUCAUUUGUCUUGCUGGCGAUCAUGUUUUAUGUCAUCGACGUGAAGAGUUGGUGGGGAGGCCAGCCGUUCAUUUUUCCAGGGAUGAACUCUAUCUUUGUCUACGUUGGACACUCUCUUCUGGGCAGUUACUUCCCGUUCAAGUGGGAAAUGAAGUCUCCAGUCACCCACAUUGAGCUCCUCUUUCAAAAUCUGCUGGGCACGUCCAUCUGGGUAGUGGUUGCUUAUCUUCUCUACAGGAAGAAGUUCUUUUUGAAAAUCUGACCGCUAGACAGAAGAAAUGUUGCUGUUUUUUUGGUGGUGCAGUUAUGAUCACUGAACGAUGGCACUUCCCCCACAAGCCUUUAAAAUUAUUUUGAAGCAGGAAAUAAAAUGUUUCCUCCAUAGAGGUCCGCACUGUUUUUUACCCUCUCUCGUUCCCAAGACAUUUUAUUGGCAGCCUCAAAACAUUUUAAAUUAAUGUCCUUCUCUUUGGUUGAAACGUUUUCAAAACGGUUUUCAGAUGCCCGUGUGAUUUUUCGAAGAUGUUUUCCAUGCCUCUGUGCCAUCCCAGGACUUUCUCCAUGGUGCAGUUUUCUGAGCUCACUCCAUUGCCCCUCACCUGUUUAUUUGCACCACAUCUGUUUGUUUGUUUUUAAUUUGGGGGGCUAAUCUUUGAAGCAUCGAGUACACGAGGUGUAGAGAAUUACAGCACAAGGCUGUGAAGCACGGAAGCAUCAACUCAACAUCUACC